AUGGUGGUGUCUACAGCGCGAGCAAUCGUGGUUCCAGCUAUAGAAAGCAAGCUUUGGGAUUCCACGAUUAUCUUUAGCCACGGGUUAGGUGAUACUGGUGCUGGGUGGUCGUUUCUAGCGGAGACCUGGCAAGGCCGAAAACUAUUCCCACGGACAGCGUUCAUAUUCCCACAUGCGCCUACAAUCCCCAUCACUUGCAAUGGUGGUAUGAGGAUGCCCGGAUGGUAUGAUAUUGUAGACUUUGGAAACCUUACGGCCAAAGAAGACGAGAAUGGGCUCAAAUCUAGCACUCGUAUUUUGCAGGGGAUCAUCACGGAGCAGGUUGAACUGGGGAUAUCCUCGAAAAGGAUUAUUCUCGGCGGGUUUUCGCAGGGUGGGGUUAUGAGCCUGCUGACAGGUCUCACCUCGGAAAUGUCACUCGGUGGUAUUGUCGCCCUCUCGAGUUAUUUGCCAAUGCGGGACCAAGUCUCGUUGAUGAUUACGGAUGCGAAUCGCAAGACACCUAUCUUCAUGGGACAUGGGAAGGAGGACCCAGUGGUUAAGCAUGCAUGGGGAAUUAUGAGCCGAGAUCUCUUGUUGAAGCAGAAAUGCGAGGUCACUUGGCAUGAAUACGAUGGAUUGGGUCACUCAGUUGAUCCGGAAGAGAUCAAUACGCUUGAAAGGUGGAUCGCAAGCCGGCUUGCGCCUGAGAAGGGACCUGCGGGUAGUUCGAAGAGUGAAUUGUAG